CGUGCUGUGAGUGGGCGGAGCUAGCGCGGCAGCGAGGCUGUGGGCGGGGUUGGCGCCUCGUACGCGAGUAACGUCACUGUGCGCAUGCUCGUGCUCCCUCUCUUCUUCUGGGCGGCCGUGGGUGCUAGAGCUGCACGCUUGUCAACAUGCCUCGACCAGGAAUGGAGGAACAUUGGGGUUCAUCAGAUGAUGCAGGACACGAACCUAAAGAACCUGAACAGUUACGGAAGUUGUUCAUUGGAGGCUUAAGCUUUGAGACCACCGAUGACAGCCUGAGGGAACACUUUGAACAAUGGGGAAAGCUCACAGACUGUGUGGUUAUGAGAGACCCACAGACAAAGCGCUCCAGGGGCUUUGGUUUUGUUACUUACUCAUGUGUGGAAGAAGUUGAUGCCGCCAUGUCAGCUCGGCCUCAUAAAGUAGAUGGCCGUGUUGUUGAACCCAAAAGGGCAGUUUCCAGAGAAGAUUCUGUCAGGCCUGGAGCACAUCUUACUGUAAAAAAGAUAUUUGUGGGUGGCAUAAAAGAAGACACAGAGGAAUACCACUUACGAGACUAUUUUGAGACCUAUGGCAAGAUUGAAACAAUUGAAGUUAUGGAAGAUCGGCAGAGUGGGAAGAAGCGUGGUUUUGCUUUUGUUACAUUUGAUGACCACGACACAGUUGAUAAGAUUGUUGUCCAGAAAUAUCACACCAUCAAUGGCCACAACUGUGAAGUGAAAAAGGCUCUAUCAAAGCAGGAGAUGCAAACAGCCAGUACCCAAAGAGGCCGUGGAGGUGGAGGAGGAAGCAAUUUCAUGGGUAGAGGUGGUGGUGGUGGUGGUGGAAAUUAUGGCAGUGGAGGAGGAAACUUUGGAAGAGGAGGCGGCGGUGGUGGCGGCGGCGGCUUUGGAAACAGAGGUGGAUAUGGUGGGGGUGGUAGCGGCGGCAGAGGUGGUUAUGGUGGUGGAGGAGAUGGAUACAAUGGAUUUGGUGGAGAUGGUGGCAGCAGUUAUGGUGGUGGCGGCCCUGGCUAUGGUGGCAGAGGUUACGGUGGUAGCCCAGGUUAUGGAACCCAAGGCGGCGGUGGUGGUGGAGGAUAUGGCGGUGGCAGCGGGGGAGGAUACGAUAGCUACAAUGAAGGCGGAAACUUUGGUGGUAACUAUAAUGACUUUGGAAACUACGGUGGCCAACAACAAUCCAGUUAUGGUCCCAUGAAGGGAGGUGGUGGCGGCGGUGGCAGCUUCAGUGGAAGAAGCUCUGGAAGUGGCAGUGGCCCCUAUGGUGGUGGCUAUGGAUCUGGCGGUGGUGGUGGUGGAGGAAGUGGUGGAGGAGGAAGCUACGGAAGCAGAAGGUUUUGAGUCUACAACAGAAAAAGGCUACAGUUCUUAGCAAGAGAGCGAGGAGUUGUCAGGAAAGCUGCAGGUUACUUUCAGACAGUCGUCCAUGUGCAUUAGAGGAACUUUAAAAUCUACUACAGGAGCAGCGAUGAUCCAUAGUCAGAAAAGUUACUGCAGCUUAUACAGGAGGCAUUUCUUGUUGAGGACUGUAAUAGCCUCAGUUUGUAAGCAGUGCAGCUGAUGAUUAAUGCAAUGUAGUGUUGAUUUAGAUGUACAUUCCUGAGGUCUUUUUAUCUGUUGUAGUUUGUCUCCCGUUAUCCCAUUACAUCAGGUAUACUGCCCUGUAAAUUGUGCUAGUGAUAGCAGGAAUAAAGAAUUAAGACAUUUUUAACUUAAAGAAAAUCAUGUAGUUCAGUGUUUCCUCGCUUAACAGGGCAAAAAGUAUUGCUCAAACGAAAUAAACAUGCGUUUUUUUUUUAUCAAGAGUUAAUGUCAGAUUAUUAACAAAUCAGAGUUCUGUACCUGAAAACCCAAAAUGGUGCAAGCUUAAUACUAAAAUCAGUUGCCUAUUGAUACUGGUACUUGAGGUGUUAAAAUGGUAAUUUCAUCAGCAAGAUUUUGUUUUGAGACAAAGACUAAAGGUGGUAGGUCUGUUUUUAACAUCAGAUACCACUUGUCUACUUAUCAGGUUUCUAGGUCUAUAUAUUUUUUGGCACAGUGACCUAUAGCCUUAUACAUUUUUUAUUUUAUUUUUUUUCCGAUAAAUCUAAUACUUUUAAAAACAAUCUGCUGUAAGAUAAUUUAAUGGGGUACUCCUGUGAAAACCUUUUUUCUUUUAAAUCAACUGGUGGCAGAAAGUUAAAGAUAU